AAAAGUUCUAAUCUUGAUGUUCAUUAUUUAAUUAGCUUUUGGAACUAAAAUUAAGCCUUUUUUUCCUUUCUCCUCUGCCCAUAAUUGUAAGAAGAAGAAGAAGAAGCACAUACCUGUUUUGUUUUGCAUUGAUCAAUGCCACCUUCAUCCAUUUCUGUUUUUCAUUUUCAUUCUCAUUCUCAUUUCAUUUUAUUAAUUGAAUCACAUUUCUCUCGACUUUUAUGCUAACUACUGAGUUCCCUCUUACCCAUAAACUUUCAGUAGCCAAAAUUUUAACUUUUCUAUAAUCAUCGAAUCCAAGAGCUUUUUUAGCAAUUCGCUGACACCCAUUUAGUUUCACUCCCGAAUUCAUAUAUUCCUUACAGCAACAAGGAAAAGAUGGGCGAGGGAGAGAAAUUUCAGCUGGGAACUGUUGGCGCAUUGAGUAUGUCUGUGGUGUCGUCAGUGUCGAUUGUGAUUUGCAAUAAGGCGUUGAUGAGCUCACUGCAUUUCAUUUUUGCUACAACUUUGACAAGUUGGCAUCUUCUUGUAACAUUUUGUUCCCUUCAUGUGGCACUAAAGUUGAGACUUUUUGAGCACAAACCUUUUGAGCAGAAAGCUGUGAUGGGAUUUGGAAUUCUUAAUGGAAUAUCAAUUGGUCUUUUAAAUUUGAGCCUAGGCUUCAAUUCUGUUGGCUUUUAUCAGAUGACAAAGUUGGCAAUCAUCCCAUGCACUAUUCUAUUGGAGAUCCUUUUUCUUGGGAAGAAAUUCAGUAAAAGAGUGCAAUUUUCUCUUUCUAUCCUCCUUCUGGGUGUUGGAAUUGCAACCGUUACUGAUCUGCAACUCAAUGCUUUGGGCUCUUUCUUAUCUUUGCUCGCGGUGAUUACAACAUGUGUUGCUCAGAUUAUGACAAAUACCAUUCAGAAGAAGUUUAAGGUUUCUUCUACCCAACUUUUGUAUCAAACAUGUCCAUAUCAAUCAGCUACCUUGUUAAUCUUUGGACCAUAUUUGGAUAAACUUUUGACCAACCUAAAUGUCUUUGCUUUCAAGUACACAACCCAAGUGACGAUGGUCAUUAUUCUUUCAUGCAUGAUCUCUAUCGCGGUGAAUUUUAGUACAUUUCUUGUAAUUGGAAAGACAUCUCCAAUCACCUAUCAGGUUCUUGGACAUCUAAAGACAUGCCUUGUAUUGGCUUUUGGAUAUAUUAUUGUUCAUGACCCUUUCAGUUGGAGGAACAUACUUGGAAUUUUGGUAGCCAUGGUUGGGAUGAUUCUGUAUUCCUAUUAUUGUGCUCUCGAGGGUCAACAAAAAACAGUUGAAGCUGCCACACAAGCAUCAGAGGCAAGAGAAGGUGAAACUGAGACUCUAAUUAAUGUGGAAAAUGCAAGUACAGUUUUGAACAAAAGGCCCCCUGUUUGGAGCAAAGAAAAAGAUUAGGACUCUGUAUGAGCUUUUCAAAAUCAUAGUUAAGGACAAUACAUGGGCCUUAAAGGAAUUAUACCCUUAAUUAGGAAGUUUUUCCAGACUUAAGGUCUCAAAUACUUAAAGGUGUGAAUUGUUUCGUUCAAUACUAUUAGCUUAGCAUUAUGUACAUUGAUAGCCAACCAACAACAUUAGAGGGGGGAAGUACAUGAUCGUGUCUAAGUUAUUAGCCAAUAGAUAUGGCUCACUCAGCAAAUACUAACAAGAUGUUCUUCAUAUCUUGUUACAUAUUUAAAAAUAUUUCAUUUUUUUAUA